AUGCGUCCUGUUAAGAUAGGUGUUCCUCAAGGAAGUAUUCUUGGCCCCCUUCUUUUUAUUCUAUUUAUCAAUGAUCUCCCUUCUCAACUUUCGCACUCAGAAUCCACAAUGUUUGCAGAUGAUACCACUGUUCUAACAGAAGGUUCUUCCAUUCAUGAUUUAAAUGUGAAACUUAACCUUGUUGCUAAAGAUCUCUCAACAUGGACUCAACAAAACCGAAUGGUGACCAAUACAUUGAAAACCAAGUCCAUGCUCAUUCAUUCUCCCCAACAACUUAAGAAUAGUUCAGACCGUUCUCUAUCAGUUACUCUUAAUGGCAACAUACUUGCACAGGUGAAGCAAGCAAAAGUGUUGGGUUUAACACUUGACGAGUUUUUAAUUUGGACCAAGCAUAUUGACAACUUGUGUUCAACAAUCAAUAGUAGACUUGCUUUAUUAUGCAGGAUUAAACCCUUUUUAGCUAAGGACUGUGCUCUUCGUUUUUAUAACUCCUGUAUUAAUUCAAGUCUUAUCUACUGCUCGGUAACUUUGGGAAACUGCUCAAAAACACUUUUACUUUGCAUUCUUCGACUGCAAAAGCGUGCAGCACAUAUUAUUCUACACGCUGACUUUUCUACUCCUUCUGUUCUUUUUUCCCAGAUUCGAAUAAUCCCAAUCUUUGAUCUUGUUAAAUUUAGGAAGCUUCUCUUACUAAUUAACAUUCUCACAAAUCCCAGUGCUCCAUCUUCAUUUAAGCAAAUGUUUAAAUUCUUAUCUUCUGUUGGACAAGGGGCUAUAUGACCUUUCAACCCCUUCCCAUGUACUGACUCUGGUAAACAAACAUUUCUGUACCAUGCUUCCAUUCUUUUUAAUUGCUUAGAUAGCGAUUGUAAGCAAUUUGCUGCUUUGCCAUCUUGCUCUUCAUAUACUAACGCCAAACAAAAAAUUCAUAAAAUCUUUCUUAUACUAAGCAUAUCGAAGAUCUAUUUUGUAUAAAUUGUAAAUAUUUACUAAAUUGUAAUUGUAUUCAUUACUAAUUAUUUUUUUUCCUCAAAUGUAAAUAGUCGUAAUCUUCAAUACUUUUUAUGCCUGUAAAUAUCAAAAUAGUGCGAGGCCGUAUGUUAGAUACCUUUUACGGUUGAUACGUUUUCCCCCGUGAAAUAAAGUUUCUAUUCUAUUCUAUUCUAUAGGAUAUGUGUGGGUUUUAGUCAGUUACCAAAUGAAGAGCUAGACCAUCUCGUCAGAAAUUAUAUAGAUCACCAUGGAACAACAUCUGGACAGACAUAUCAUAGGCUACAUAAAAUCCCUAGGAUACCAUGUGCAGAAUGUCUAGCGAGGCUAGACCCACCAAAUACUGCGUUGAGGUGGGGUGUCACUGUCUCCCACAGGGUCUACAGUGUACCUUGGCGAAAUUCUCUUUGGCAAUUGGAUGGCCAUCAUUCACUCAUAAGAUGGAAACUGAUUAUUUAUUGGUGCAUCGACGGAUUCUCUAGAAGAAUAAUGUUUCUUAAAUGCAGUUCAAAUAACUUAACUGUGACUGUGUUAACAUUAUUUUUAGAAGCGAUUGAUAAUGACGGCGGCUUAUGGCCAUCGAGAAUUCGUGUAGACCGAGGUGUGGAAAACGUGUUAGUUUGUGAAGCUAUGGUAAUGACGAGAGGAGAAGAAAGGGGCAGUUUUAUUCCUGGUCCUUCCACACACAAUCAAAGGAUUGAGCGGCUCUGCAGGGAUGUAUAUAGAUGUCUCUGCCACAUGUAUUAUUACGUUUUUUAUGGCAUGGAAAUGUCUGGAAUUCUUAACCCAGAAGAUUCAAUGCAUCUGUUUGCUUUACAUCUUCCAAGCUUUGUAUCUUUCAAUAAUUAAUCAUGCCCUAGACAAAUACAAAGAGGCAUUUAACCAUCAUGCGGUUAGGACAGAGAAUAACUGGACUCCUUAUCAGAUGUGGCUCAAUGGUAUGAUGCAUGAAAGAAAUUCUCUUGCUCAUUUGCAGUUUGAUGAUAAUCCGGAUGAUGUUGAAUAUUACGGGUAUGAUCCCCAAGGUCCAUCACCCCUGGAAGACAACGGUGCUGUAGUAGUUCCAGAGGUGAUGUUAGAUAAUAAUGAAGAGAUAUAUGGUCAUUUGUCUUAG